UAUAAAUGGCCAUGAAUGGGUUGUGAGAGUCUUAUCAUCAAACGUUACAUUUUCGUUUUCUCAGCUUCCAAACAAAACCCACAAAUCACUGCCUGGAAAGAGAGAAGGAAAUCGAAUAUAAGUGUGCGUGUGAGCGAUGGCGUCUGAACGACAAAAACAAGGAGGUGUACAACCUGGCAAAGAACAUGUCAUGGACCCAACUCCACAAUUCUCUAGCUCAGACUACCAACCUUCCAACAAACUUCGUGGGAAAGUGGCGUUGAUAACAGGUGGAGACUCUGGUAUUGGUCGAGCCGUGAGUUACUGUUUUGCACUUGAAGGUGCAACAGUGGCUUUCACUUACGUGAAAGGUCAAGAGGAUAAAGAUGCACAAGAGACGUUACAAAUGUUGAAGGAGGCAAAAACCUCCGAGGCUAAGGAGCCAAUGGCGAUUCCAACGGAUCUAGGAUUUGACGAGAAUUGCAAGAGGGUCGUUGAUGAAGUCGUUAACGCUUUUGGACGCAUCGAUGUCUUGAUCAAUAACGCAGCAGAGCAGUACGAGAGUAGCUCGAUUGAAGAGAUUGAUGAGCCUAGGCUUGAGCGAGUCUUUCGUACAAACAUUUUCUCUUACUUCUUCCUCACGAGGCAUGCGUUGAAGCAUAUGAAGGAAGGGAGCAGCAUAAUCAACACGACCUCGGUAAAUGCUUACAAAGGAAAUGCAUCGCUUCUCGAUUACACCGCUACAAAAGGAGCGAUUGUGGCAUUUACUCGAGGGCUUUCACUUCAGCUAGCGGAGAAAGGGAUUCGUGUGAAUGGUGUCGCUCCUGGCCCAAUAUGGACACCGCUUAUCCCAGCCUCAUUCAACGAAGAGAAGAUUAAGAGUUUUGGGUCGGAGGUUCCAAUGAAACGGGCGGGUCAGCCAAUUGAGGUGGCACCUUCUUAUGUUUUCUUGGCCUGUAACCAUUGUUCUUCGUAUUUCACUGGUCAAGUUCUUCACCCCAACGGAGGAGCUGUUGUAAACGCUUAAACCGCGUUGUGGAGCAGAAAUGGCGGUCUUUUAAACGUGAAUGGUCACAGUACGGUGUUAAAAGUUUGUAGUGUCGUUGUUGGUUCUGGGGCUAUUUGUUGGUAAUGUAUAUGGUUUGGUAAUGGGGGAAGUCCCUACGUUAUGUAGUCUGGUGCAACUAGAAAAAUAAAUAAAUAAAAAGUUGAAAUAGACUUAUCGUGACGACAAAAAUAAUGUAACAACUGAAGUUGCGUUAAUGUAAAAACAAGUAGCGCACAAUUUUUU